AUGGAGGAUUCUGAGGGCGACUCUGAAGCCUCAGGAAAUGAAAAUGAAGGGGAUUUUUGUGAGAAAUUUUCUCAAAAAAUAUUAGGUGCACCAGCUGAAGCUACUCUUGUAUCACAUGGCAGUAAGCAGCAUCAAGAAUCCAGCAGUGAUGACGAUGAGCCUUUAGUAAAAUACGUACCCAAAAGCAAAAAAUUCAAGUCAAAGUCAAAACUGGAAAACUGGUAUCAGCAAGACUUACCCGACUCUGUGAAUCUGAAUAAUGUAAUAGAAUCUGACACAUAUAAUAACCUGGUUUCAAAAGAAAAUCCUAUUCAAUUUUUCGAAUUAUUUUGGACUGAUGCUUUUUUUGAAAACAUAAAAGAACAAACUACAUAA